AUGCCAGAGCCAACAUUGACCAAUGGGCGAACCGCCACUGAUAGUGCUCAAGACAGCAACGACACUGCAACCGUAUCAACACCACUCGAGCUACUGAAGGCGGUCAGAGAGGUGCAAGAACGACGCAUCAGCGUAUGGCGUGAAUACGACGAUGCGUUCGACACGUUUCUGAACCCAACCAACUCAUCUACCAUUCAAGCGCCUGUCAAUGGCUCGCACAACAACAGUGACACCCACAGCACUGCCGAGCCAUCUGCACCGGGAUCCGGACCCUCCACCGGUCGAGGCUGUGCCGGUUGCAGCAGCACCACCGUCCCGCUCUCCGCAGACUUGCUCGCACAGAUCCUGCAGAUCACGACACAGGCCCUGAUCGAAUGUGGGCACCGUCUCCGAACGAUCCAGACCGAACUAGCGCACUCGGAUUCACCCAGCUUGGCCACCUUGGUCGAUCAGAUUCAACUCAAAGAAAACGCACUCUUGCGCAGCGUUGUCCAACGAGACCAGCUGCGCAAGACGACCCUCAAGCCGAGCGAAGAUGAUGAAGCGGAGAGAGAUGAUGGCGAAGAAGCUAGGGCGAAGAUUGCGCAGUUGGACGAGGCGGUGAAGGAGAUCAGAGCAGAGAUCACGGAGCUCAUGCAAGAAGUGUACGCCGAGAGCCUCGAGUUGCAACUCGCCGAUGCGUAG